GAGAAGCGUGAGUAUCAGUAAUUAUUCAGCAAUGUUUUGAACAAGAAAUGUCAGCCAGAAAGGGCUAUCUUCAUCCUCCGUCAAAUUAUACCACAACGAUGACAUGCCCCAACAACCAAGCUGGAAAUUCGUUUUUCGUGGACUCUUUAAUUAACGUGAGAACCGACAGCGGUUCAUAUUACCAAAGUAACGGGGUCUAUUUGCCACCGGCGUCGGAAUAUUCAUAUGGACUCUCCGGAGGCUCGUGUUUCCCGGGAAUCGGUAAACGCAACGAGCCAAGCACCCAAAGCGUGAUCCCUUCUUCUGCCCCGUAUGUUCAGGGGAUGGAAACGUGGCUGGAAACGUCUAGAUCCUGCCGGGUGGAUCAGCCCAGCAGCCAGCAUAUGCCACAGUGUUCAUUCUCACCGAAUAUAAAAGAGGAGAGCGCUUAUUGCCUCUAUGAGUCUGACAAAUGUCCAAAAGGAGCCACAGUAGAUGACUACUCAACCGCAUCAUGCCCGGUUACCGGCAGCACUUUGCCAGUCCCCGGCUACUUCCGCCUGUCUCAGACAUACGCGUCCUCUAGGCUUUACCAUGAUGUCCAGCCAAACAUGAAUCACUUUACUCUGCAGCGUCCUGCCCGCCUGGACAGCCAGCCCUCCCGGCCCCAGGCUGCCUCUGCUGAGCCGGAGCGGAGGGAGAGCCACGAGGAGGCGCCUGUCCCCAAACCCUGCGCCCCGGCCAGAGACGAGGACAGCCGCCUCUCCUCGGAUAUCUCCUCCUCCCCUGAGCCCGAGGAGACGUGCAGUACUGAGUGUCCGGAAAAGCCAGUAAAAGGAGAUGGAAAAAUGGAAACCACGGCUAAUUGGCUCACAGCUAAGAGUGGCCGAAAGAAGCGCUGCCCCUACACCAAGCACCAGACUCUGGAGCUGGAGAAGGAGUUUCUCUUCAACAUGUACUUGACAAGAGAGCGUCGUCUGGAGAUCAGCCGCGGUGUGCACCUCUCUGACAGGCAAGUCAAAAUCUGGUUCCAAAACAGGAGGAUGAAACUGAAAAAAAUGAGCCGGGAGAAUAGGAUCCGAGAGCUCUCAGGCAACUUCAGUUUCUCAUGAGACUGUCUGCGUCUUUGGCGCCCUCCUCCAUCCAUGGCAAGGGCGCCUGCAGAGCCCCCCCCCUUCCCAACCCUACUGUGAGAAUGUCCAUGGAAACAAGGACCCUACUGCUAACUUAUUGAUUGUUGUUCUUUCUUGUUUUCACGUCUGUUUUUUUGUUGUUGUCGUGGAUAUGUAUUUAUAAAUGGCUACAUUUGUAACGUUGAUCCAUUGUGUUUAAAAUGUUCAGAAUGUGACCACAAUGUUUCAGAGUUUCAGGCGUGUAGUGUAUAGUCAACCUGAGUGAACCAUUGGAAUGUGCAUGCUGGACUAACCCUUGGGACACUUGUGUUACAGUUACAUGUACCUUUAUGUGCCAACUAAAGAGCCCAAGAGGUCUGAUGAAUA